AUGGAAAAUGUAAGAAGUGAUGAUACAGCGAGAUCUUCUAAGGCUCACAUGAGUCGCAUGGAACAAAUGCUUGCAACCUUAACAAAAUCUCUAAGGCAACAAUCCAUGCCUCAUUCGCCUCCACCAAUACCAAAUGAACUAGAUAACAAUGACAUAAUCAAUCUGACCCAGAAGUUUAUAAAGAUAAAACCGCCAAAGUUCUUGGGUGGGAUUGAACCAUUGAAGGCUGAGACAUGGCUACUCAAAAUAGAAAAGCUAUAUGAAGUCUUUCCCUGUUCUAAGAUUCAAAAGGUGCUCUUGGCCACCUAUACUUUAAAGGAUGAAGCUCGAAGGUGGUGGUUGUUAAUCCGAAACGAUAAUGGGAACAUGACAUGGACUCAAUUUAAGGAAAUCUUCUAUGACAAGUAUUUCUCUCAAUGUUUUCGGGACCAAAAAAUUUCUGAAUUUCAAAAACUUAAGCAAGCUAAUAUGUUAAUUGCUGAAUAUGAAGCUAAGUUAAUCGAAUUGACCCGAUUUGCUCCACACAUGGUGGAUACUGAUUAUAAAAAGGCACACAAGUUUGAAGGAGGCUUGACUUUGGAAGUGUUUGACCAGGUUGGCGUCUUGAAGUUGCCAACCUAUGUGGAAGUAUUAGACAAAGCUUUGAUGAUAGAAGUUACCUUAGUAGCUAUGAAGCAAAGCAAAGCCCUAACAACGACAGAAUGA